AUGUCGACAACCCGCAGGCCGUCCCGCCCGCAAUCGCCCAGUGGCGGUGGCACGCCCAGCAUCAACUCGCUCCGCCGCGUCGGCCGCAGCCAGCCCCUCAAGAAGAUCCUCGUCGCCAACCGCGGUGAAAUCGCCAUCCGCGUGUUCCGCACCGCCCACGAGCUCGGCAUGACGUCGGUCGCCAUCUACUCGCACGAGGACCGCUACUCGGCGCACCGCAACAAGGCCGACGAGGCCUACAUGGUCGGCAAGGGCCUCACGCCCGUCGCCGCCUACCUCGCCCAGGACGACAUCAUCAAGGCAUCGCUCUCGACGUGCCACGGCGUCACGAUGAUCCACCCGGGCUACGGCUUCCUCUCCGAGAACGCCGAGUUCGCCAAGAAGGUCGAGGCGGCCGGCCUCAUCUUCAUCGGCCCGCAGCCGCAGGUCAUCGACGGCCUCGGCGACAAGAUCAAGGCGCGCCAGCUCGCCCAGAAGAUCCAGGUCCCCGUCGUGCCCGGCACGCCCGGCGCCAUCGAGAAGUUCGAGGAGGCCGACGCGUUCGUCAAGGAGCACGGCUUCCCCGUCAUCAUCAAGGCCGCCAUGGGCGGUGGAGGACGCGGCAUGCGCGUCGUGCGCGACCAGGAGUCGUUCGAGGGCGCGUUCAAGUCGGCCGUGAGCGAGGCCAAGGCCGCGUUCGGCGACGGCACCGUCUUUGUCGAGCGCUUCCUCGACAAGCCCAAGCACAUCGAGGCGCAGCUCCUCGGCGACUCGCAGGGCAACGUCGUCCACCUGUUUGAGCGCGACUGCUCGGUCCAGCGCCGCCACCAGAAGGUCGUCGAGCUGGGCCCGGCCCCGAGCUUCCCCGAGGAGAUGCGCCAGCAGCUCCUGUCGAGCGCCGUCAAGAUCGCCAAGGAGGUCGGCUACCGCAACGCCGGCACGUGCGAGUUCCUCGUCGACUCGCGCGGGUACUACUUCAUCGAGAUCAACCCCCGCAUCCAGGUCGAGCACACCGUCACCGAGGAGAUUACGGGCAUCGACAUCAUCGCCGCCCAGAUCCAGAUUGCCGCCGGCGCGUCGCUCCCCGAGCUUGGCCUCACGCAGGACUCGAUCACCAAGCGUGGCUACGCCAUCCAGUGCCGCAUCACGACCGAGGACCCGGCGAGGGGCUUCCAGCCCGACACGGGCAAGAUCGAGGUGUACCGCUCAGCCGGCGGCAACGGCGUCCGCCUCGACGCGUCGUCGGGCUUCGCCGGCGCCCAGAUCACGCCGCACUACGACUCGCUCCUCGUCAAGUGCACGACCCGUGGUGCCACGUUCGAGAUCGCGCGCCGCAAGAUGCUGCGCGCCCUCGUCGAGUUCCGCAUCCGCGGCGUGCGCACCAACAUCCCGUUCCUGUUCCGCGUCCUGUCGCACCCGGCGUUCGUCGAGGGCCGCACCUGGACGACUUUCAUCGACGACACGCCCGAGCUCUUCAACCUCGUCACGUCGCAGAACCGCGCCCAGAAGCUCCUGUCGUACCUCGGCGACCUCGCCGUCAACGGCUCGUCGAUCAAGGGCCAGCAGGGCGAGCCCGGCCUGCGCGAGGAGAUCCCGAUCCCGUCGUUCGUCGACCCCAAGGACGAGACCAAGCCGCUCGACACGUCCAAGCCGUGCGAGACGGGCUGGCGCAACAUCAUCGUCGAGAAGGGCCCCGAGGCGUUCGCCAAGGCCGUGCGCGACUACCCGGGCGUCCUCAUCAUGGACACGACGUGGCGCGACGCCCACCAGUCGCUCCUCGCGACCCGUCUGCGCACGAUCGACAUGGCCAACAUUGCGCGCGAGACGUCGCACGCGCUCCAGAACGCGUACGCGCUCGAGUGCUGGGGCGGCGCCACGUUCGACGUCGCGAUGCGCUUCCUGUACGAGGACCCGUGGGAGCGCCUGCGCACCCUGCGCAAGCUCGUGCCCAACAUCCCGUUCCAGGCGCUCGUGCGCGGCGCCAACGCCGUCGGCUACACGUCGUACCCGGACAACGCCAUCUACGAGUUCUCGAAGAAGGCGGUCGAGAACGGCCUCGACAUCUUCCGCGUGUUCGACUCGCUCAACUACAUCGAGAACAUGCGCCUCGGCAUCGAUGCGGCCAAGAAGGCCGGCGGCGUCAUCGAGGCCGCCAUCUGCUACACGGGCGACGUCGCCAACCCCAAGGGCCACGGCAAGUACACGCUCGAGUACUACCUCGAGUUUGCGCAGCAGCUCGUCGACUGCGGCAUCCACGUGCUCGCCAUCAAGGACAUGGCCGGCCUCCUCAAGCCCGAGGCGGCGACCCUCCUCGUCGGCGCGCUCCGCAAGAAGUUCCCCGACAUGCCGAUCCACGUCCACUCGCACGACACGGCCGGCAUCUCGGUCUCGUCGAUGCUCGCGUGCGCCGCCGCGGGCGCCGACGUCGUCGACGUCGCGAUCGACAGCAUGUCGGGCAUGACCUCGCAGCCGUCCAUGGGCGCCGUGUGCUCGGCCCUCGAGCAGACCAAGCUCGGGACGGGCAUCUCGUACGCCAACAUCCAGGCGCUCAACCUGUACUGGUCCAACGUGCGCCACCUGUACCAGUGCUUCGAGGCCAACGUCCGCUCGUCCGACUCGGGCGUGUUCGAGCACGAGAUGCCCGGCGGCCAGUACACGAACCUCAUGUUCCAGUCGCAGCAGCUCGGCCUCUCGGGCCAGUGGAAGGCCGUCGUCAAGGCCUACAUCGAGGCCAACCAGCUGUGCGGCGACAUCGUCAAGGUGACGCCGUCGUCCAAGGUCGUCGGCGAUUUUGCCCAGUUCAUCGUCGCCAACAAGCUCACCAAGGACGAGGUCAUCGAGCGUGCGGGCGAGCUCGACUUCCCGUCGUCGGUCGUCGAGUUCUUCCAGGGCUUCCUCGGCCAGCCCGUCGGCGGCUUCCCCGAGCCGCUGCGGUCCAAGAUCAUCCGCGACAAGCAGCGCAUCGACGGUCGCCCGGGCGCCGGCAUGGAGCCGUACCCCUUUGCCGAGGUCCGCGAGCAACUCGUCGAGAAGUUCGGCAGCUCGAUCACCUCGUGCGACGUGGCGAGCUACAGCAUGUACCCCAAGGUGUUCGAGGAGUUCAAGGAGUUCACGCUCAAGUACGGCGACCUGUCGACCCUCCCGACCCGCUACUUCCUCGCGAAGCCGCCCGUUGGAGAGGAGAUUGCCGUCCCGAUCGACCAGGGCAAGACGCUCCUCAUCAAGCUCGUCGCCGUGUCGCCGGUCAACGCCGUCACGGGCAUGCGCGAGGUCCUCUUCGAGCUCAACGGCGAGGCUCGUCUCGUCCAGAUUGAGGACAAGUCGGCCGCCAUCGACCAGGUUCGUCGCGAGCGCGCGUCGAAGGAGCCCGGCUCGGUCGGCUCGCCCAUGGCCGGCGUCGUCGUCGAGGUCCUCGUCAAGGAGGGCAGCACCGUCAAGGCCGGCGACCCGCUCGCCACCAUGUCGGCCAUGAAGAUGGAGACCAACGUCUCGGCGCCCGUCUCGGGCAAGGUUAAGCGCAUCACGGUGCAGGCCGGCGACUCGCUGUCGCAGGGCGACCUCGUCGUCGAGAUCGUGCACGCCUGAGCAUCGCUCUCGGACCCCUCCUCGCGACCCCUUUCCCCUUCUCUCCCCGAUACCGCUCGCCUGUCUAGAAGCUUCACCUCGUCCCUCUCUUGCGCGUCCUUCUCUCUUCCGUUCAGUUCGUCUGCGCCUCUCCACCGUCCCUCGAAAUCGAAACCUCGCAGUGCCUCUUUCU